AAGGCGCAGCUGCUGGCUUCGGUGGUGGAUGCGGCUUGCUCCCAGCUGCGGUGCCCAGCUUCGGCUUUGGAGUCGCCAGCUGCUCAGCUGAAUGAUACACGGAAGAGGAGAGAGGAAACAUCUCCGCCCCGGCCCCCAGCGCGCAGAGCGCAGCACAACCGGCGGCCUGGACUAUGAGCGCCGAGCAUUUCUGGGACCAACUGCGGGCGGGCAGCUCGGAGGUGGACUGGUGCGAAGAUAACUACACCAUCGUACCGGCCAUCGCCGAGUUCUACAACACGAUCAGCAAUGUCUUAUUUUUUAUUUUGCCGCCCAUCUGCAUGUGCUUAUUCCGUCAAUAUGCAGCAUGCUUCAACAGUGGCAUAUAUUUAAUAUGGACACUACUCGUUGUUGUUGGAAUUGGAUCAGUUUACUUCCAUGCAACACUGAGUUUCCUCGGUCAGAUGCUUGAUGAACUUGCUAUUCUCUGGGUGUUGAUGUGUGCACUGGCCAUGUGGUUCCCCAGAAGGUACUUACCAAAGGUCUUUAGAAAUGACAGGGGCAGGUUCAAAGCUGUGGUCUGUGUCCUAUCUGGAGUCACUACUUGUCUCGCAUUUGUGAAGCCAGCCAUCAACAACAUUUCUCUGAUGACCUUGGGCAUUCCCUGCACAGCGCUGCUCAUUGCAGAACUGAAAAGGUGUGACAACGUGCGGGUAUAUAAACUCGGCCUCUUUUCUGGUCUCUGGUGGACUCUCGCUCUCUUCUGUUGGAUCAGUGACAGGGCCUUCUGUGAACUCUGGUCUUCUUUCAACUUCCCCUAUCUGCAUUGUGUAUGGCACAUCCUCAUUUGUCUGGCUGCUUAUCUGGGCUGUGUCUGUUUUGCAUACUUUGAUGCUGCCUCAGAGAUCCCAGAGCAAGGUCCUGUCAUCAAAUUCUGGCCCAGUGAAAAAUGGGCCUUCAUUGGAGUUCCUUAUGUCUCCCUCCUGUGUGCCAACAAGAAAUCUCCGGUCAAGAUCACAUGAUGUAAAGUUCAGUGGCUCUCGAUUUUUCCUAUUUAUUUUUCCUCACUUACUGUGCUUAGUUAAUGAUCAUGACAGUCAGGGAGACUUGAAUCUGUCUCUUUUUAUCUGUUUGGAUUUUUUUUUUACUCCUGUAUGUUUGAAACUCGCAAGGGUUCAACUGUGUACAGUAAGAAAUGCACUUUUUUUUUCUUUAAGAAAUGCAUUUUUUUCCUUUCCCUUGGAGAGGAGGAAGAUGGGUUUUGGUGUUUUGUUUUGUUUUGUUUUUUGAGACUGAAAAUGCUUACGAGUAGAAUUUUGGCUGGCCCUGAGUUCAGCUUCUUUAGGCUUUAAUUUUAGAUGCCUGUUAUCCUUACUACUGGCUCAUGAAUCUUAAAACACUGUGAUGGUAGUAUGUCUUGUUAGACCAAAGCAAUAGACUGACAACUCCUGGGGAGGAAUGUUUGUUAAAUGCAGACCUUCCUUCUGUCUCCCACCCGCAUGUUAUCGUUUCAGAACUCUUAUGGUUGGAAUUGACAAACAAAUGUACCCUUGGACUAAACCUCCAUCUUUGUUCCAGAGAUUUUCAUUGGUGGAAAACUGGCCGUGAAGAAUCAUAUGAAGGGCUUGUGGGAGAAUAUUUUUUAAUGCAAAUCUCACAAAAUCUAGGUUUUAAGUAAGUUUAGAAGUUAUUUUUAUUAUUUAUGCUGAGACUCCUAGAUUCAUCUUCUAUAUUUGGGCAAAAUUAGUGGGGAGACAAUUGCCAUCAUCAAACCAUCCUUUAAAAUGAGCACUACUUUUUUUCAUAUCCCUUUUUUCUUUUUUGAUCCCUUUCCCCCAGCUCAUAAUACACAGAUAAGAAAAGCUGUAGAAUCAUAGAAUAGUAGAAAAGCAAAGGGAAUAGAAUGAUAGAAUGUUAGAAUUUGAAAGCAUCUUAGCUGGAUUGUUGGAGUGGAAAGGAUCUCAGAGGUGAGGUCAAAAGAUCGGCUUUUGAACCCUGGUUCUUCUACUUUUAUUAGCUAUGUGACCCUAAGUAAGCCACUAACCUCUCUGGCUCUUAGCUUCCUCUUGUAUAAAGCAAGGAGGAUAGUUUUAGAUGAGGUUCACUCUGGACUUGAAAUCUUAGGAGCCUUUGAGAUCAUUUAGUCCAAUCCCUUCAUCUUAUAGAUAGGAAUAAUAGAUAUGUACUAUGCGAUGUAGUACAAUAGCCUUACUAUUUGCCAGGCUGCCAAAAGCCCAGCUAUAACUUUGGUGGCUGUUUUACUUCCCUUUUUUGGGGAGGAGGGGAUGUUGACUGGCGCAAACCCAAUGAAACUAAGCUCUGGUGAUUUUUAUAUUGGGGUAACCUCUUAAGUGAAACCUAGAGUAACCUGAAAUACUCUGAAAUAUCGUGCAAUACCUUGGAAAGUCACUUAAGGAUCAUCUUUAAUUCUUCUCCCUACCACCUGAAUGUGGCAAUUUAGUUUGAAGGCAUCUUAGAUGGAUGGUUGUAGUGGAAAGGACACCAGAUAUGGGCUUAAAGGAUCUGGGUUUGAAUCGUGGUUUUCCCAUUUUUAUGAACUGUCUGACCCUGGGUAAGCCACUAUCCUCUCUGGUCCUCUCUUUCCUCAUCUGUAAAAUGAGGGUAUUGUUUUUGUUUUCAGUAUAUUCUGGAUUCUAACAUAUUACAGGACUCCCCAUUAUGGCAUGUAACAAUGCUGGUCCCCCUUCUACAACACUAGCUAGCUAGCAAUAACAGAUGUUUAAUCAAGGCAUCCAUUAGAUGUGUUCAAAAGUAGCACUAACAUGGCUUGCUCAUUCAGCAUUGCCAAUAUACUCCUCUUCGAGUUCUGCAACUCCACAAAGACCCUAUGUACUCAGUUGCUCCCCUUCUUCACUAGGAGGAAUCAGGAAUGGGCAAAUGUCUGCAAAUGUCUCCUGAAUUCAAAUUUGACUUCAGUCACUUAACUAGCUGUGUGACCCUGGGCUAGUCACUUAACCCCUUUUGGCU